AUGGACAUCCGAGGCUACCAGCCACUACACUUGGCAGCCAAGGAAGGGUACCUCGAUGGGGUGAAAGUACUUCUCGACGCAGGAGCCGAUCCGAAUGCGACCACCUACGUCAAUUCCUCACCGUUGCAUCUGGCAGCCAGCUCAGGAAAUGUUUCGAUCGUGGAGGUCCUUCUUAAAGCAGGGGCAGACCCAAUGGCCUUUGAUAACCAUGGUUCAACACCACUCCACCUGGGAGCCAUGUCAGGAAAGGUGGAGGCGGUCAGAAAGCUUAUCGGAGUUGUUGACAUAGAUGCAUUUGAUGGCAACCAAUGCACCUCGCUUCACCUGGCUGCUGCGUCUGGGCACGUAGAGAUCGUAAAAGAACUUCUCGAAGCAGGGGCAGAUAGGAGGGCUACUGAUUAUGAAAACCGCACGGCGUUGAAUUAUGCGGCAAGACGCGGAUAUCUGGAGACCACAAUGGUUCUUGUCAAGGCUGGGGCAGAGGUUGGAGCAAUCGACGACAACGAAAGGACUGCGCUUCACUAUGCCGCUCAGAAUGGCAAUACAGGCUUAGUGACAGCCUUACUUGGAGUGAGAGCAAACUUAGAGGCAAAGGACCGGAAGGGACGUACUCCCUUACACCUAGCAGUUGAAAGUGGACAGGCAGAUGUCGUGGAAUUGCUUCUCCAACAUGGAGCAGAUUAUGCUGCAGCAGACAGGAACGGCACACCUGUGAUUCUCCUUGCGUUUCAAGCAGGCAUGUUAGACGUGGUGAAGAAGCUGGUUGAAUUGGGUGCAAAUCCAAAGGCAACGACUACCAUGGGCUCUGGCCCGUUGCAUUUUGCCGCCAGAGGCGGACACUUGAACGCAGUAACGAUGCUUCUCGAAUCAGGGACCGAUCCCAACAUCGUCAGCAAGAGGGAAUUUACCCCCCUACACUGGGCAUCCCAAGCAGGACGCACGGCAGCUGUCGAGAUGCUUCUGAAAUUCGGAGCAGAUCCCAACGCUGUUAACGAUCUCAAAGCCACACCACUACACCGGGCGGCCCGAUAUGGACACGCUGAAGUGAUCAAGCUACUUCUUGGAGGGAAAUCCGAUCCCAAUAUGCCAGAUAUUUAUGGCAAUUCACCGCUCUACUAUGCGAUACGAUCGCAGUCUGUAGAGGCAGUAAAGGAACUUCUCAGGGGUGGUGCGGUCCUAAAUGCGGCCACACCAGCGCCAGCCUUGUUUACUGCAGCUUCGUCUGGGCGUGCUGCAAUCGUUCAAGAAUUGAUCCAACAAAAGGCAGACAGCGAACUACCAGGGCCAUGUGGCAAUAAACCUUUGCAUGCAGCCUGUGGCCGCGCUCAUAUUGUCGAAAUCCUUCUUGACGCAGGGGCAGCAGUUGAUUCUGUCAAUCUCGAAGGUUUGACACCUUUGGGGAUGGCAGCAAAUAAAGGACAUGUCGAUGCCGCCCGGAUACUUCUUGACGCUAAAGCGAAUCCACUAAAAUCAGAUUCUACUGGGCAUACACCAUUGCACCGCGCCGCGGCUAAGGGCUGCAAGAAGCUGGUUGAAUUGAUAUUACAGCAUGUCAAUGGAGAGAUGCUGGAUGUCAGAACCAGAUCUGGCCAUACACCCAUGAUGAUGGCAGUACUAUCCAACGCUGAAGAUAUAGUACAGCUGCUGCUUACUACAAAGGAGGUCGAUCCAAAUGUACAUUAUAACGAAGGGAAGACGCCGCUCCUUCGGUCAGCACAGAAAGGAUAUCAACAAAUAACGAAACUGCUUUUGGAUAGUGGCGCUGACACUAAAGCUUAUGGUCAGCGGUUGUUGGCACUUGCCUGUAUUCACGGAGACGUGUACUGUGUCCAGCAUCUGCUAAGCAAGGGGGAAGAUCUGGGCAGCAUGACAGAUGAGCAUGGAUGGACCCCUGCUAUGAUAGCAUCAGUCACAGGUCACCCAGAAGUUCUCAAGUACUUGCCAGAGACAGGCAAUAUGCCGACGGCAGUUGACAUACUGCAAACAACGUCAUGGAAUCCAACAGACAAAUCCGAUCUCUUGGAGUUAGAUGAAAAUAAUAUGGCCGUGAAAUAUAUUGGUGAGGAAGAAAAACUUAAGUGCGGUUGCGUAUUUAUGCGUACUGAUACAAUGUUGGAAUUGUCCUAA